AAGAGUGACAGAUUGUUGAAAUACCAAGUAGUGACAGCUGACAAUAUUUAUAGAUAAAAUCUAAAAUUGCAUUUAAAAUUUUCCCUUUCUUCGGGAAUUAUCGAAUUAUCUCAAGUCAUAGUCAGCAAAAACAAUUACCUUUAUUUGAACUAAUAAUGGCCAAAAAAGGCGUGGUUGCUUUUGUCAAAGAUUUUUAUUACGACCCUUUUAAAUGGUCAUUAGUAAAAAGCGUCGGAUUUUUCACAGUAGGCGUUGUUAUCGCAAGCGAGUGUACGGGCCUCGAGAUCAUGCCCGCUAUGCCACAUUAAUUUUUUUUUUAAUAUUAUUUUUUUAAAUAAAGAACAAUGUUACAAUAUUUAUUUUUAAUAUUUUUCGUGAACAAUGCUGUGGCUGAACUAAAACGACCAAACUUUGUUCUCAUAUUGACCGACGAUCAAGAUGUAGUUUUAGGUGGAAUGGAUCCGAUGAAGAAUGUUCAACGAUUUAUCGGGAAAGAAGGCAUAACAUUCACUAACUCCUACGUGACGUCACCGAUAUGCUGUCCAAGCAGAGCCAGUUUGCUGACAGGCAUGUACGUUCACAACCACAAGACCGUGAACAAUAGUCUUCACGGCGGAUGCUAUGGAGAGAACUGGAAAGAUCACGAGAAACAGACGUUCGCUACUAUACUUCAGGAAGCCGGAUAUGACACGUUCUAUGCGGGGAAAUAUUUGAAUCAGUAUGGUACUAAAGAAGCCGGUGGCCCAGAGGUGGUACCCCCGGGCUGGACAGAAUGGCGCGGCUUGGUCGGGAAUUCAGUUUACUACAACUAUACUUUGUCCAACAACGGCGUGCCGACGUUUUCGACUGAUAGCUACUUAACCGAUGUGAUACGUGAACUGGGAGUCAGCUACAUAGAGAAUCAGACGGAAUCGAAGCCCUUUCUGAUGGUGCUCGCUCCCCCCGCCCCGCACCAGCCCUUCACCCCCGCCCCUCGACACAAAGACGCGUUCAGUAACGUGACAGUCGUAAAGAGCCCCAAUUUCAAUAUCAUCGCUGAGGAUAAGCAUUGGCUGCUCCGCAUGCCUCCGUCGCCACUCCCUGACGUGAUGCUUCCCGAACUCGACCAAGUGUACCGGUCCCGGUGGGAAACUCUGCUCUCGGUCGAUGAGAUGGUCGCCGACAUUAUAGGCGCUUUGGAAACUCAAGCGUUCCUGGAUAACACAUACGUAGUGUUCACUUCCGAUAACGGUUACCAUAUCGGUCAAAACUCUCAAGUUUACGACAAACGUCAACCUUACGAAACUGACAUCAAAGUUCCUUUACUAAUAAAAGGGCCAGGACUGAAAAAGAACGUGGAAAACCGACAGCCGGUGUUAAAUAUUGAUUUGGCGCCGACUAUAAUCAAACUGGCCGGCUUGGACAUACCGAACAACGUGGACGGAAGGCCCAUCGAUGUUCACAACGAGGACAUAGGCGAGAGGAACAUGCUAAUUGAAUACUACGGCGAAGGCAAGGACGGAUCUGUGGAUAAAGAAUGUCCUUGGAAGUAUGAUAGCGGUAAUCUCGCUCAAUGCUAUCCUCAGUACAGUUGCAAGUGUCAAGACGCCAAAAACAAUACAUACGCCUGUAUCAGACACAUCGCGGAGCGAAUCGACAAGAAAUAUUGCCUCUUCGCUGACAAUGAGAACUUCAGUGAAAUGUACAACAUAGCAGACGAUCCUUACGAAUUGGAGAACAUUGUGAACCACGUGUUUCCGGCGGUGAAGUACUGGUACAGAGAGAUUCUAACGCGGAUGCUGACCUGCUCCGGUGCUCAUAAUUGUGAUCACCCAUUGGAACCACUAAUUAAUAUAUUUUAGUUUAACCCCAACUUAAUUUUCUAUCGAUUACCACAAUUCCAGAGUUAAUGUGGGUAGUAGUAAAAUUUGUUAAUUGUGAAGAGGCUAUUUUCAUGUAACGACCACAAAAAAGAAAACCAGUAAAAAUGACAAAUUUUAUUACAAAAUAAAUAAAACAGUUCAUAAAAUUAACCUAAAAUAUAACAAUAUCAAAAAUACAUCACAGUAUGGCAGCUUAAACAUCUUUAAAAACCUGUAACAAAAACGAAAUUUACUGAAUUAAAUUCAAAAAUAAUUUUACUGAUUUAAAAAUACACACUUGAAACAUGAACCAUUACUAUUGAUACUGUGAAGCAGUAUUGCGCUCUGAUUAUAAGGACAGACAUUGCACUAUAAAAUUGAGAUACAGAACUCAAGUGUCAAUGCAACAUUUAGAAUAUGCAAUUUCGAAAAGGGCACAUCUCUGAAAAUGUAAAAUGUUCAGGAAAUGAAAAAAAACUGAUUAUUAUUUCCUAAAGCAGUGUAAAAUUUAAAAUAUUAACUUUUGAUAUAUAUUUUAGUGUUAAUUAGCAAUUGAAAAUUACUGGAAUUAUUAUAAAAUGGGUGUAGGUAAGCCUCAAAACUACAUGUAUAUGAAAAAAACGUAUUUGACAAAAUAUGCGACAUGUGCCCUUUUCGUAAUUGCAUAUUCAUUUACAUUGAUGGUGGGCUCCAGUAACUACUCAAAAAAUAAUCACUCAUCAGGUUAGCCAUAUUAUGCUCGUCUGCCUACAAGGACAAUAAAAAUAAUGGGCCGUGAGUUCGAUUAUUUGUCUAAAAGCAAGUUUUUCAUUUUCAUUUCUUAAACAUGUUAUUCUUUAUGGAUGUUGUUUGUGAACACAUAAAAUAUUACAUGCCUCGGGAUCAAACCACAGUCUAUCGGUUUAAAUACGAUCAAAAAAUCCAAUGAAUUAAUUUGAGAAAUAUGUUUAACACAAAUAGCUCCAAAAAGAAUAUUAUAAUUAAUUAUCAUGGGCAAAAACUAGAAACAGCUCUAUAUUAAAGAACAUUUUUAUUAGAAA